AUGUCGGUGUAUACUUCCAAUUCUGCAGCCGUGGCUCAGCAACAACAACAGCAACAACAAGCUCAACAGCAACAGCAGCAAGCUGCUGCUGCUGCGCAAGUCCAACAACAACAGCAGGCUCAACAACAAAGACAUCAACAAAGAUUGAAUGAAUUAUUGGAAGCUGUUAAGCAAGAGUUUGAAUUUGCUUUAACUGAAGCAUCUAAUUUCAAACAAGUUAAAGAAGAUUAUGAUUUAAAGUAUAAUCAACAAACUGCAGAAAUGCAACAAAUAAGACAAACCGUUUAUGAAUUAGAAAUGGCUCAUAGAAAAAUCAAAGAAGCCUAUGAAGAAGAAAUUUUGAGAUUGAAGACUGAAUUAGAAAACAGAGAUAGGCAAGUUCAAGCUCAACAAGCUCAACAACAACAACAACAAGCCCAAGCCCAAGCCCAUGCCCAACAACAAGCAUCAGAAAUUAAUCAAGAUGAUUCUUCAAAAUUAAACCCUGAAACUUCAACUGCUUUAUCCGUUAUUGAUAGAUCUCAAUAUAUCGUGGAUCCUCAACAAAAAGCAGUUCAUAUUAAAGAUAUUCCUCCUUUCUUAACUGAUUUGGAUGUUUCUAAAGCAAAUCCUGAUUUCAAAAAACAAAAACCAGGUUAUUAUGUCUUGUAUAACCCGGCUUUUAAACGUGAUUUGGACGUUGAUUUAAUUCAUUCUUUAGAUCAUUCUUCCGUGGUUUGUUGUGUUAGAUUUUCCAAAAAUGGGGAAUUUAUUGCUACUGGUUGUAACAAAACUACUCAAGUUUUCAAUGUUAAAACUGGUGCUUUGAUUGCUAAAUUAAUUGAUGAUAAUUCUUCAAAUUCUCUUAAUAAUGAUGCUUCGACUGCUAAUUCAAAUGGUGAUUUAUACAUUAGAUCAGUUUGUUUCUCUCCUGAUGGUAAAUUAUUAGCUACUGGUGCUGAAGAUAAGUUAAUUAGAAUUUGGGAUUUAACCACUAAAAGAAUUAUUAAAAUUUUAAGAGGUCAUGAACAAGAUAUCUAUUCUUUAGAUUUUUUCCCCGAUGGUGAUCGUUUAGUUAGUGGUUCUGGUGAUAGAACCGUUAGAAUUUGGGAUUUGAGAUCUUCUCAAUGUUCUUUAACUUUAUCAAUUGAAGACGGUGUCACUACUGUUGCUGUUUCUCCUGAUGGUAAAUUAAUCGCUGCUGGUUCUUUAGAUAGAACUGUUAGAGUUUGGGAUUCAACUACUGGGUUCUUGGUUGAAAGAUUAGAUUCUGGUAAUGAAAAUGGUAAUGGUCAUGAAGAUUCUGUUUACUCAGUUGCUUUCUCAACUAAUGGUAAACAAAUUGCUUCAGGUUCUUUGGAUCGUACCGUUAAAUUAUGGAAUUUGGAAGCUAAACAAGAUAAUAAUCAAUCUGCUUCAAAUAAUUCUUCCUCAAAUAAUCAAUCAUUAAAUAAAAAAUCCUCUUGUGAAGUUACCUAUAUUGGUCAUAAAGAUUUUGUUCUUUCCGUUUGCUCAACUCCUCAUAAUGAAUAUAUCUUAUCCGGUUCCAAAGAUCGUGGUGUCAUCUUCUGGGAUCAAACUUCUGGUAAUCCUUUAUUAAUGUUACAAGGUCAUCGUAACUCCGUUAUCUCUGUUGCUGUUAGUUUCAAUUCUGAAGGUACCGAAGGUGUCUUUGCAACCGGUAGUGGGGAUUGCAAAGCUAGAUUAUGGAAAUGGACUAGGGCUUAAUCUUUUUCCAUUAUAUUUUUUCCAUUCCUUUCUACCCUUAAUUGUUGUUUUUGUUGUUUAAAUACUUUAAUCUUACUUGCUAUUCCGUUUUGUUGCCUUUGUUAAUUUAAAAUUUCUCAAAAAUUUAAAAGAUCUUGAAAAUCAUCAACUUAUCAAAGAAACUAUGUUUUUUCUUUAGUCUUUUAUUUCUCUUUUUGAAGUAAUAUUACUUCCUGUACUUUGUCUAUAAGUUGUUUUCUUCUUGUCUUUUUGAACCAUUUUUUUCUAAAAAAAAACUUUC